AUAUAACGUGUGAACGUCCGAAUUGUCCACCAUUUUGUCUUGCAUAUGGGAGCCACACGUUUUCAUAUUCCUGACUUGGUUGGGCUAUGUGGCCCAACGUUCGAGCUACAUGUCAACAAGAAUUGUCACAAAGUUGCUCAGACUUCGCAAACAUGGGCUGCGACGGCAGGCUUCCUAACCGGAGAUGAAAUACAUACACUGGAUGGCUUGCAGCUACCACUCCUAGCAUCUCUUUGUUUCCCAAGUUCUGAUAUAAAUCAACUCGAAAUGGUCACAAAGAUUAUGAUACUAUUCUUACAUUGGUCCAAGGCGUUUGAUCCUGCCAGUGCCGGAGCGUUUGAACGUCUGUGGGGCCAGCUCUUGCGCGAGACACCAUCAAAAUGGCAGAAACGAUUUAGUGCACAUCUGCAGGAGUUUCGCCAAGCACGCACCAGCACCCAAUCAUGUACAGACUGCGAACAUUACAAGACGUUUUCCCGUAGUCACACUGGAAUCAUGAUGACCUUCGAUUUCGUCGAAUACACGGCAGGUCUACGUAUACCUAUGGAAGUCCACGCAUCGUUGGAAUUGCGUUCAAUUGAACAAUGUGCGCAUGAUAUCAUUGCAUCUGCGAAAGACAUUGCGUCUUACAACCGGGAGCAAUCAACGUCUACUCCUCACAAUCUUGUCGCUGUCAUCAUGAAAGAGAAGGCAUGCACACUUGAAUGCGCUAUCGACACGGCGGAGGACAUGCUGAAGAAGUCCAUUGAAUCGUACCUGGUCGUCGAGAAGAAACUUCCUUCCUGGACGCCAGAAAUCGACGAGGAUCUGCAUAGAUACCUACAAGGACUUCGCGACUGUAUCAUUGGUGCCAUUCACUGGCUAUACGAGACCGAUAGAUACUUUGGAGAUAAGGGGGAGGAUGUUAGAAAGUUCGGAUGGGUAUUCUUGUUGGCCAAGCGGACUUAACUAUCCACUAUCGACGAGUCCAUUUGCAUUUCGCUAACGGAUCCUGAGUACGCUUGCUAAAGACCGACGAGAUCCUCUUAGGCCUAGAGGUUGUGUGAGAAGUAACGUUAGUAAUAACAGGGCAGAGAGAGAUAUUUAUAUGGCAACGUGAGACUGAAAAUGAGUGAAAGUGAACCUUCGCACCGUCUUCCGAGUUCUUCUUUGACGAAUAUUUUGUAAUUCUUCGCCAACAUGGAUAACACUAUCAUGGGUCCCUCCAGUUCGGCGAACCUGGUUAAUGAUGAAUAACCCUCCAAAAAUGAG